AUGAUUGAGCAAUCUAAUGAUGAUGCAGUAGAAAUGAUAUGGUACUGUUGCAUAUACCCAAACUGUGAAAAUCACUAUAAUACAAAAUUCAACCUCAAGCAACACAUAGAAAAUUUUCAUUUAAAAAUUAAACACUACCAAUGCCAAUAUUGCAAGAAACUCCUUAUAAGCAAACAAAACUUUAUAGAGCAUCUAAACAUCCACAAAGAUUCAACGCCGUUUCAGUGCGAUGUAUGUGAAAAAUCGUUCAGGCAAGCAAGUCAGCUUUCCUUACAUAAAAGAAGUCAUGCUGGAAAAGAGGUAGAAAAAAAGCAACGGAGAAACAAAAAAAAUAAAGAUAUUGAAUAUGAUAUUAUGAGGGUAGAAAGUGCAAUAAAUAUAGUUCCAAUUGAGAUUAAAUUACCAGAAAUUCUUAGGAUUGAAAAAGAAGAAAAAGUUACACUUCCCGCUUUUGCAUCAAUAAGUAGAAGGGAUAGCAAGUUUACGGAAAAAUAG